GAAAGAGACGCGGAUAAUCUCCACGAAGUCAGGGCGCAGGAUCGUAGGAUCGCAUAGUGCUUUCCUGUGCUUUCCUGUGUUACGUGCGUAUACUAUUAUAACUCGGUGAGGAUGGCGUAGCGUAGAGAGGGUUGUACGCGUCGCGGGGGAGGGAUGCACGAGGAACGAGAAAAUGUGCGCGCAAGAGGGAGAGGGAUAGUAACCGGGAGGAGGGAUGUUCGAUAGAAGAGGAGAAAGGGAGGAUGAGAGAGAGCGAGAGAGAGAAAGAGAGAGAGUGAUCGAAAGGGUGAGAGCAGCAAGGGGAAUACGGAGCACACGGUACGGAGCACCCCUCGUUUGCCUCGCCAGUGGUUCAGUCAGCGCUUCGCACCGGCGUCGCUUCGCUUCGCUCCUCGCUUGGGAUUCCCAUCGGGCUCAUCCUCGUGUACAUCGUGUACAUCGUCGCGUGCCCCCAGUCGCCUCUCGAAAUCAAUGAGCCCGCGACAUAUCGGCAGGCACAUCCGGGCUUCAAGUAGACCCCAACCGUAAAGUCGCUGUAACGAUACGAGAGAAUCGCUGAGAGAGAGAGAGAGAGAGAGAGAGAGAGAGAGAGAGAGAGAGAGAGAGAGAGAGGGAGGGAGAGAGAAAGAGAGGUUCGUUUGAUAGUCAAACGCGAUAGUCAAAGCUGCCACUUGUCGCUGUAGCUAGGAAGAGAGAGAAAGAGAAGGAGAUAGAGAAAAAGAGGGACGAGGAACAGAAGUGCAUCGCGACGUGCAGCGAAAAGUGACAGAUCGUGGAAGAUCGAAAGGAGAAAUCGAGGACCUGUACGGGUCCUUAACGUUCAGGACAGUGCAUGUCUCGGACCUCGUUUCUUAGUUUUUUCUCCGGCAACGCUUUGUCCACAUUCCUGAGCUGGAGGCGUGCGGCCGACUUCUGUGCUGCGUGCAGAGGCUCUGCAAAGGCAGAAGUGCAGCCGACGAGCCCGCCGAACAUCGGAUCAACGCUCGCGGUCGUCGAGGAGCGAAAGCGGAACCGGAGCUGGUGGAGGGUCAGGGUCCCUCAGGCCCGGAGGAUGGAAUGCUCGCUAUGCCCGUCAGCCCGAGUCCCGCAUCCACCUCGUCGCAGGAAGACGCUUGCAAGCCGCCACCGCGUAACUGCUACCGCCUCGUUAUGCUCGGUAGUGCCCGUGUUGGAAAGACCGCCAUUGUAGCACGAUUUCUGUUCAACAAAUUCGAGGAGAGCUACACGCCGACGAUAGAGGAUUUUCACAGGAAACUCUACAGGAUCAGAGGCGAGGUUCACCAGCUUGAUCUGCUGGAUACAAGCGGAAACCAUCCGUUUCCGGCAAUGCGACGAUUGUCCUUCCUGACGGGGGACCUCUUCGUCGUGGUGUUCAGUAUGGACUGUCGGGAAUCCUUCGAGGAAGCCAUCAGGCUGAGGGAAGCGAUCCUCGAGACUAAAGUGAGCGCGACUCAAAGUGCCACGAAGAGCAGAAGGAGCCACUACAGUCUGAAGGUCCCUAUGGUCAUCGUGGGGAAUAAAUGUGAUAAAGAUGUAAAAACGGUCACGGUAGAGGAAGCCGAGCAAUAUUGCGUGAGUCAAGAUGAAUGCUGCAUCUUUGUAGAGGCAUCCGCGAAGCGAAAUUAUCACGUGGACGAGUUAUUUUAUCAGUUAUUCGUAGUGGCAGGUCUACCUCUGGAGAUGGCUCCGAAUCACCAUAGAAAGGUACCGCUUACCUUUGGCUCGCCGACCAUGCUACCGCCGUCGCAGCCGCGGCACAAAGCCACUCUCAGCAUAAAACGUCGGUUGAGCGACGCUUGCGGCGUCGUAGCGCCGAACGUACGACGUCCCAGCAUAAGGACGGACUUAAUGAUCAUGCGGACGAAAACGUGCUCGCUCGCGGCCGCGAACGAGAACAACACACCGGGAUCCAGGAUCACGCUUAGAACAGGAAGGAUAGAGUCCAGGAAGGCCUGCACGAUACAGUGAUAUUUCAAACAAUUGUCACGCGCGCGGACAAAUUUCUAGAAAUAUGAAAAAUAUGAUAACGCGUUUUAAAGCGAUCUUUAGAAACGAGUAUCAUUCCCUAUUUAUACGAUCUUUGUACUUUUGCUUAUUAUAAUUUUAUUACCCUUGUGUAUUGGAUACUGUCUCUGUCCAUCUUAAUUUAUUGUAUA